AUGGAGUGCACGUGCGUGGCGCGGAGCGCGUCCGGGUCCGGGCGGGGCGCGGCGUCCGCUCGGCGGGGCGGCUCGACGCGGACGGGGGCGGCGGCGCGUCCGCCGUCGGUGUACGCGCCGCUGGGCGAGGCGUGGGCGGCGGCGCUGGGCGGGGCGGCGCUGCUGGGCGCGCUGCUCACCGCGCUCACCGCCCUCUACUUCCUGGCGGCGGCGGCGCUGCCGCGCUCGCCCUCGGCGUCAGCGCUCGCCGCCGGCACCUCGCCGCUCGGCCACCUCAUGCUGCUGGGCCUGCUGCUGCUGUUCGCCGGCACGCUCAGCUUCGUGCUGGCGCCCACCGCCGCCACCUGCGGCGCCAGGCGCUUCGUACCGCCGCUCGCCUACGCCCUCGUCUUCUCCGGCAUGCUGCUCAAGGUGUUCACGUCGUGGCAGCUGGCGAGCGUGAGCGACUCGGUGGGCGGCGGCGGCGCGGGGGCGGCGGCGACGGCGGCGGCGCUGGGGCUGGCGCGUCCGGCCGUGCUCAUCCCCACCGCCUGCGCGCUCACCGCCGUGCAGGUUUUACUUUAUACACGUCUACGUGCAUCCCAACCCACAAAUUCAAAUGACAAUGCACCUGUUUUUGAUGUUUCUCAGUUCCAACCUCAGCCUGUUAAAACAAUACCAGGACUGUUGGCGAUGCCUCAGGUCAUGGGCCUAGGGCCAGAACUUGGCCCACCUUCGGUCGAUGAUGACGAGGAAGAAGAUCCUACUCAGGAAGUGCCGGGCGCAUUGUACGAAAACAUGUUCAGUCCCGGGCCCCCAGCCUCCAUCAAGGCACCGCCGAGUAGUACAGGCUCUGUGUACGCUGGAGACUUUGAGGAAACAGAAGAGGACGAUGUCAAAGGGCAUCAUUGUGAACCAGGCAGUAAUGAAUUUACUGCUAAACUGAGUAACAUUUUAGUUGUGGAUGGAGAUCGACUAUCAUUCCAAGGUGCGGAAUUAUGCAGUCUUAACAAGAACGAUGAUCCUGUCCUAUUCUGAGAUUGCACUGCUUUAACUUUUCUCAUAGUGUUCUUUGCAAUUUCUGAGGGCGUGGCGUGUACAAGUCAAUGCAAUUCGCAAGUUGCCAUUCUUCAACAAACUCUUAGGGGUGGCAAAAACGUGUUCAAGAACGUCGAAAGACAGAUUGUUAAAAAAAAGUACUCGUAAGUACGAUUGAGUGAACAACGAUUAACAUACAGAAGUUAAAAGAAGGCAUAUCAUAUAUGUGAGGACAAUUUCUUGCCUUAAAGAAACUUAUUGUACAUAUGGAAAACAUCGCUGGAGAUGACCAUCCUCAAAUGAACUCAUUGUGUAUUGUGAAACUGUUUGAAAAUGAAUACCGUACAUCAUAAAUUCUUACCAAAGGGGACAGAUUAUUUAGGUCUUACUUAUUAGCUCCUAAAGAGUACAAUAUGUGUUCUGAGACAAAAAUUCAUAAUACAAAUGAAUAUUUUUUGAACUAUUGUUCAAAAUAUCACUAUAAUAUUUCCAAAGUUGAAAAAGCAAUUCUGCAAUACUUUUUCAUGACAAUCACUUAGUGGAUUGUCAGUUCAUGUUUUUAUUUUGUAUAUAUUAUGUACAUCAAUCUUUGACAAAAAGGAGGAUAUUGAAGAAACCAAAGAGUAUACAUAUGAUGUCAUUUUUUCAGUGUGAUUGUGGUUUCACUUACCAGUGAACGAAAAUCACUGGAAUUUUAUGCCAAAUAAUUGAUACAUGAAGAGUUAAAUUUAUUGUUAUAUUUAAAGUUAUAAUUGCUUUUUAAUUUUAGAUAUUCUUUAUGUUAAGGUAUUAUGUAUUGUUUUGUACAAAUAUUUUAAUAAAUUAUUUUUAAAAUACUUAAAA